AUGCUCGGCAAGACCAAUGUCUCUAAAGCACAGAGGAAAGCUGGUACUGGUGGAAGAAAACCACUUGGUGAUCUAUCCAUUUCAGUGAAGUCAUCAAAUAAGGAGAAUGCCAAAAGCAUUCCAUUCAUUGAGAAAGAGAUUGGUAUCUUUAAUCCCACACAUGAUUCAAGCAAAACAAAGAGUGUCUAUAAAGCUGAGAAAGUGCAAGCAACUGCCAGGAAAGCUCUCUCUGACAUUUCCAACUCAGGUAAGCCAUACUCGCAAGGAACAUCAAAGAAGAACCAAAAGGCAAAGUUGGGUAAUCCGGACGAGGAUCGAUGUCAACUCGAAGAUAUUGCAGAGGAAGGGUGUCUGCACAAUCAUGAAGAUUGCAUCAAAACACAGAAAAGAGCUAUAAGCACUAAUGAAUUUUUGCGGAUUCUUGGAUUAGAUGAUUUCUCCAAACAUUCAGCAUCUGCAAAGGAAUAUUCAUUGUCAAACAUAUUGGAGCCUAUGAGUCCCCCAAGGUAUGCCGAAUCGAACAAAAUGACUGAGAUGCUGAUCGAAGAGCCAUCUCCUCCAAAACAUAUGUUGUUUUGGAAAUUCCGACUCUUUUGCAGCUAGUCCAGAGCCAUUGGA